AUGAUGUCAUCAUCCUCAUCAUCCAUGCAACAAUUUCUAAUAUUGGCCAGAUCAGUUCAUGGUGCGGCAACUGUUGAUUUAGUUAAAAAAGUCAUUGAAUAUCCGGACAUAUUUAAUUUUGAAGAAUUGUUACGUAUGGAAAAUAUAGAUGAAUUGCAAAAAUAUGAAGAAUAUGUUCCUGUUUAUCAUACUCUGGAAUUAUUUGCCUAUGGAAUAUAUUCUGAUUAUGAAACAAAUCGUUCAAAAUAUAUUCAGUUGAGUGCUGAAGCAAAACGUAAAUUACAAUUAUUAACUGUGGCAUCAUUGGCUGUUCGAUCUCGUACAAUAUCCUAUUCGAUAUUAUUAAAUGAAUUAAAAAUAGAUACUGUACGAGAAUUAGAAGAUUUAAUUAUUGAAGCAAUUUAUUACGAUAUUAUUCAGGGUAAAUUAGAUCAAUUGAAUAAUCAUUUAGAUAUUGAAUACUGUAUAUCACGCGAUAUUGAUUCUCGACAACGAUAUGAUCAUCUUAUUAAAGUUCUUGAUAAUUGGUGUCAAAAUUGUUUACAAAUAUUAACCGAAUUAAAGCAACAAACAUUGAAAGCAAAUCAGAGAAAACAACAAUCCAUAAUUGAACAUGAAAAAUUUGAAAAACUUUUAGAAAAACAACAAAAACAAAUAAAAUUAGAUAAUAAUGAAAAUAUAUUAUCAACACUAUUAUCAAAUAAUCGUCGAGGGGAUGGUAUGACACAGGAAAAACAUUUAAGAAAAAAAAGUUAA